GUUUAGUUCGCACACGAAAAAAUAAAGAGAAUAUAAAUAUUUUGGUUUCCACUUCACACACCCUAAUGCUUUGUACGUGCGCCUAAACAAAAGGCUAAAGCAAUAAAAUGAAGCGUGUGAAAUUCAAAAUACCCAAAACUAACAUUCUAUGUUGCAAUCCUUUGCUCCUUUUCAUUAUUAUUUCCAUACACAUCUGCGCCGGCGCACAAGAAAAGCUGCUGCGUAUCAAUACCGACUUAACGGCGUCCUCCACUGCAUCUUGGCUGGGCAGUAGCGCUACUUCUUCCCCUUCUAGUGAUGCGAGUAAACAAAGUGCCGUUUCGGAUGGCGAUUCGCAUAUCUGUGUGCGUGAAGAAACGUAUGUGGAACAGCUGAAGCUGCCCUCGAUGCAGCCAGUGCGCGUACGCAGCUCUCAAUGGUGUUUGGAAUUUCCGCCACGCUGCUCCAACUACAAGACUGAAAUGCGUGAGGUAGUGCAGAUUAAGAAUGUCACAAAAACUCGCACGAUUCGUUUCUGCUGCGUUGGAUAUGAGGGCAACAUCUCCAUUAAUGACACAGUUUGCAAGCCCGUCUGCCGUGGCGGUUGUGGACGCGGCUACUGUCAGACGCCGGAUGUGUGCAGCUGUGAGGCGGGAUAUACAGGAACGCAUUGCACGCAAAGAUGUGACCACGACCACUGGGGUGACGAGUGCAAGCAAAAGUGCAAAUGCCAAAAUGGCGCCGUUUGUGACAAUAAAUCGGGCAUUUGCCACUGCACCACUGGCUGGACUGGAGAGUUCUGUGAGUUACCUUGUCCUAGCGGUACGUAUGGCGUCAUGUGCCACAAGGAGUGCGAAUGCGCGGACAAGCGUUGUCACCCGCAAACGGGUGCCUGUGGAGAUGUGGCAAGCGCCGUGAUGCCCAACGUCACGCAUGUCAUGAUCCAAACACUCAACUCCACCAUCGCCAACAUAACGCACAAACUCGAUCGUAUAGCGAAAAAAAUUGUAACCAUAGCAACCAGCACCACUGUACCACCGCAUCUCACCGCCGCACCUGAGGUAAUUGUCAUCAAGCAAGAGGAUCAGCAUGCGCCGAAAAUUAUUGUACAUCAACCAGGCGUCGCCGGUGGCUUGUUGGGCGACUUACAUGGCGCGGUAGGGAAGACACCAGAGGUGAUACAUGUAAUCACCGCUGCCGCAGCAGGUGCCGAUUGGCCAAUGCAUCCAAAUGGUUCACUUAUGGGUGCGGCACAUGAUGCUAAAUUGAGUUUGGCCGGCAUUGGGGGAAUGGCUGAGCUGCCCAUGCACACCUUGGCGCCCACACCCACACCCACCGCAGCUGAACAUGACGCCAACUUGCUCAGCACGCUGCUCAUCAUACUGCUCAUCAUUAUUAUUGCCAUUGGGAUCAGUUGGCUCUACAUAUACAGGCGCUAUCAUUGGCAAAAGCAGCGCGCCGAAGCAGCGUUGGCGGCACGCAAUGCCAGUUUCGGCGGGCAGUCGGCGGAAAUGGGUGUUGGCAGUGGCAGCGCGGGGGAUGCUACGGCAAUGGCUGGCGUGGGCGGCAAGAGUUUUCUCAAACCAUUGCCCGACUUGCCGGCCUUCACGCAAAUGGUGCGCAACAAAAUCGAGGGACCCGAAUUCUAUGAUGCGCCCAGCAACAAUUCAUCCGUCAAUACCACCGCUUAUGAUUACGCACGCAAACUUUCGCUCUAUUCAGUGGUGUCGCCAAAGUCGCGCAAAGGCAGUCCAGAUUCCCAUCUUUACGACGAGAUUCGCUAUCCCUCGGCACAUCAGCACCAGCAACAGCAACACAUCUUUAACACUCAACAAAAACAACAGCAACACAAUCAGCCACAGCAGCAACUACACAGCCACCAACAACAACACAUUCUUAAAGCUCAUACUGUGGCGCCACCAAUACCACCACAUACGCAACAACCGCCAAAACCAGUACAACAUCCUCAACUGGCUGCUUAUAUCGUCCAGCAGCCUUUGACCACUGCCGCCACUCCUCACCAGCAGCAUCACAUCACCCACCUGCUUAUUCCACCGCAGAAUGCCAAUUUCCUUCAAGUGCCAUCAUCGGUUGUCGCCAAUACAAAUUCUACCAACAACAGUGUUGCACGAAAAGUUGCGCUCAUUUAAAAUUUGAGGGAUCUUCGUGUACUUGUACGUUUUGCAGUUUUUUAUAAAAGUAUUGUAAAUGCACCAAAUAUUUUUUUCUAUAA